GUGAGCGAGAGAGAUAGAGGGUGGAGGGAGAGAGCGAGCAAGAGGGAGGGUGAGCAACACGAAAUUCAUUGCAAUUAAUAAUAAAAAAGAGUUGGCAGUCGUGCUCGGAAAACUGGCAUGGUUUUGGGAGGCUGGCAGUUCAAAGUUGAAACGUCAGAAAUGACUCCAAAAGACUGCUGAGAUGAUCAUUAGGGGAGACUUAGAUCGGAUGGCAGAAGAGAUCGGGCAUCCAGGUAUUUGUCUGAAGUCGAUGCUGGAUGCCAUGGAAGUCCCAAGUCAUGCUAGGCACCUCCUCUUGCAGUUGAACACACAACGAACCAAAGGCUUCUUGUGUGAUGUUAUCAUCGUGGUGCAGAAUGCACUGUUCCGUGCUCACAAGAACAUCCUGGCAGCCAGUAGCCUCUACCUUAAAUCUCUUGUCGUUCAUGACAACCUCAUCAAUCUGGACCAUGAGAUGGUCAGUCCAGGUGUGUUUCGAGUCAUUCUUGACUAUAUCUACACAGGACGCUUAAGUGAAGGUGACCCCACCUCUCCAACUGAGCCAAAUAUAGGAGCAGUGCUGGCGGCAGCAAGUUAUCUGCAGCUGCUGGAUCUGGUGACUCUAUGCAAGAAGAAGCUGAAAAGAAAUGGGAAGUACCAUUUACGUCCCAAUCCUGGGUUUUUACCUUACAAGAUAGGCUCCAGUGGCAUGGGGGGAGGACGGUUUCGAAUAUCUACCCCUGUCAUCCACUCCUGCCACCCUGGAGGACUAGUUAGCACCCCUCGACCUACACCAUUAGAGGACCUGCCCCCCCUUGCACUUGCCCCCCACAUCGGUGAAAUUUAUGCACCAGUCCCCACCCAGGGUCCACCGCCUUACCCCCCAGCAAAGGCAUCCCUGUCACCCCAGUCAGGCCUGCGCAUGCCCCAUACUGACAGAAACUGCUCAUCCGUCUAUGGCCUUGACCUGUCCAAGAAAAGCCCAAGUUCCCAGUCCCAGCUUCCCUCUGGUCACCCCCAUUUGAUCUCCUCACUCCACCCAGAAGAGGAGCCCGAGGGGGAGCUAGAGCAAAGCACUAGCCCCCUGCUCAGUCCCAACGAUGGCUCCAGAAAAAUGGAGACAUCCCAUCAUGUGGGGUCUCUCACUUUCCCUCUACCCAACCAUCCUCUUGCACCCCAUCUUCCCCAUCUGCACCGUCCUCAGGGCCAAGAACCUUACCCCUGCGCUCCUAGCCCAGAACCCAUGGAGGACUCCAGAGAACAAGUCAGAGAUGGGUCCAACAUCUAUCGGUGGGUGAAGAAUGAGCCUUCCAACCCAGAGGAUGAAGAUGAGGAAGACGAAGAGGAUGAGAGUGGAGGAAUGGGUGAGCAGGAUAAAGAGAGACACCAGCACAUGAAUCACCAUAAGAUCAGUGAGGAAAAGCUGAACAUGAAUGAGCGAGGCUAUGACAGAGGGACCUGUGAUGAUGGAGAGGAUGAGAAUGGGACCGCCAGCGAAGAGACAGGGAGCAGCGAGGGUCGUCCGUCUCCCCCUGUUCCAGGUGGAAGAUAUCACAUGCCGUACGAGCCAGAGAGUUUCGGAGAUAACUUGUACGUGUGCAUCCCCUGCGACAAAGGCUUCCCCAGCUCAGAGCAGCUCAAUGCCCAUGUGGAAACCCAUACUGAGGAGGAGCUAAACAACGGUAGCGAGCUGGACAACAUCAGCAGCAAACCCACCAAUGCCCAUGGACCUACAAGCUUGAAUAGGUCUAGUGGCCUCCACAGCCCUUUCCUAGAUAGCAAAUCGACGCAAAAUCUCCAUUCCAUUGGUCUCGGGGAAAUCAUACGACCCUAUCGCUGUUCGUCCUGUGAAAAGUCUUAUAAAGAUCCUGCCACCCUAAGGCAACAUGAGAAAACCCACUGGCUGACACGUCCAUACCCCUGUAGCAUCUGUGGCAAGAAGUUCACCCAACGUGGUACUAUGACACGCCACAUGCGCAGCCAUUUGGGCCUAAAACCCUUCGCCUGUGACGCCUGCGGCAUGCGCUUUACUCGUCAGUACCGUCUGACGGAACACAUGCGCAUCCACUCCGGAGAGAAACCCUACGAGUGCCAGGUGUGUGGGGGCAAGUUUGCUCAGCAGCGCAACCUUAUCAGUCACAUGAAGAUGCACAGCAGCGGAACAGCUGGCGGAGGACUAACUCCUGAUGGCAAGCUGAAGAUAGACUUCUCCGAGGGGAUUUAUCCCCUGAGCAAGUACACAGCUGAGCAUCUGGGCCUGAAGCAGGAGAAAACCUCAGACCUUCUCACAGCCUCUCAGCACCUGCUGGCUGAUGCCAAAGCCAUGGAGAGCCUCUACCCGCUGUCAAAGCUGGCUGUAGAACACCUCGGCCUCACCCACAAGAUAGACGUCCUGAACCAGCCACUGCCACCUACUUCUCAGCAGCUCUCGGCAGAGUCCCGCACCAUUGACCGCUACUCUCCUAGCUAGAGUGGGGAACCACUAACUUUACUUUCCAAAGAGACAUCACUGUAUGCCAUUCACAGUAUUCAACUCUCACCUCAUCAUCAUUUGAACCUGCACUUCAAAGAGUGGAGACCAGAAAGUGUUGGCCAUAAAAAUGCACACAAACGCUUUUAUUCUGAAUGUGCCUUUGCAGAUUUUGCAGUAUGUGCAUUUCUUAAAAUGACUUUCCUACAAGGAGGAAACUGCUUUAUUUAUAAUCUGUUUUGACUGUUGGACACUCAGACAAUGCAGUAUUUAUAUAAAACAACUUAUUUUUUGUUCAAUCACCGAGCCAAACAACCAAUUGAAAACCAAAAAGAUAUUUAUUUUUAUUUUUCUGUUCAUUUUCUUUUUUUUUAUUUUAUAUGUUGGAAAAGCCAAAGAGAAAAUGUCAAAUGUUACAGAAGAGAGUUGCAAUCGUACCCUAAACCUGUGUAUUAAGUAUUAUUGGUGUAUAUAGAAUGAAAAAGCACAUAUGAACAAUAUUCAGGGCUUCUGUCCAGAAUGGAGCAGCAAAUCUGGACGAAAAAGAAAAAAAGCCAAAUCUUUGGGAUUUUAUAGUAAUUGGAGGACUUUUUAUAGACUAUUUUUCGGAGUACUGGAUCACCUGUAUCUGAUUUUCCAGCUUUGUGAAUGGCCAAGUUUUUUCCAUACUAAAGGGAGCAACUGAAGAGAGUGUUUGUUCCAGGACUUAGGUAAAGUGAUCUAAGCUUUUCUCUGCAUUGAUGUAGUUAUCCCCUUCAGCAUGGAAUGAGAGUUCACAGAGAGUACCAUUUAAAAAAAUUUUCACCACCUUCAGGUGUAUGGUCUCGAGCUAUUUAAUGUCUUUGUUCCCUUUCCUUUCCUCCAACGCCAAGUGCCUUCAGCUUAUUGAAAAUGUAGCAAGUACUGCCCUGUGAUCUCACAACCGGAAUAUCUUUGUGCAUAUUCCGAUCAUGAUAUAACAAUCCAUGUCCACGUGUUUUGGUUCAUCUGGUGCGACAGACUAAGCAUGGGUGGUGCCUUUGAAAAUGCAGUAAUAUUUACAGUAGAGUCCAUAUGCUUCAGUUGCAUCGCAGUCAACCCCUUUGAAUGACUCUCUGCAUGACUAGUUGUAUAACAGUACCAGCCAAGGCACUUUUGUGUAUAUAAACCAAACAGUGACGUUUUGCAAGUGAUUGAUUCAGUAACACCUUCAAGACCUUUCCUCAUGUGAAAUGUUUGAGAGGGCCUCCUCACCCCUAUUACGGUGCAGUUAAUUUUUAAGGCUAAUGUGACGGCUUUAACCCUAAGGUGCCUCACACACACACGUAGAGCCGCUAAUGUGACAACCAUCUGAACAUGAGGAGCAGGGGCUCUCUCUCACUGAUACUGUGAGCGUAGAUAGCAGCAGCUGGUCCACUCAGGGUAAGCCCUGUGAAAUCUCAGAUUUUCUAAGACUAUCCGCGCUUGUCUGUCCCACUGAUGUUAGAUUUUAUGCCAGUUGACCAGGCCCUGUGAUCUAAACGUACACCCUAAUCCUCCAGCUACUGCUCUAAUGUACCAUAAGCUACACUUACAACAAUCUAUCCUUCUUAUUUCAAGUAACAUAAAACACAGUAGCCUGUUAGGGCUGCUUCCUUUUUUGUAGUCUUACAGCUCAUCUGCUUUGCCUCUAAAUAAAUCAUUUUACAGUAAAUGUAAAUGUUCUGAUGAGAUAUGGCACCCGCUGUUUUUAUUCCAAAGACCAAGCUGAUAUUUUGUCUUUUCCUCUCACAGAAGUUUUUGUUAACCACUAGUUACAAUUACAACCUCAGCUGGUGAAUGUGAAAACUUAAACCACGAAUGCACUGUGAAAGAACUAGUGAAUCUUAAAGCUUUAGAGCUUAGUGAAUAUUGAACAUGUAAGUUGGGGCAAAUUACCUGGGCUUUAGUCUGUAGCAUGUCAGCUAUUCAAAGUGUUUCCUUUUUUUUGUUGGUCAGAUUGAACUCUCUUAAUCAAAGCAAAAAGACAUUGGUGCUUACCUCAGGACUGAGCCUAUCAUGGGUUACACAAUGCUUUAGCAAUAGUUUAAUACAAAAACACACACGUAAUUGCUCUCUGUGUAUUGUACAUUAAAAUUCAAGCACACUUUCUGAAGGGAUUUUUAAACCUGUGGUUAUUUCACAAUGCUAAAAAUGUAUUUUUGUUCCUGAAAUUAUUAUUUGAUUUGUUUGUGAAUAUAACCUAUGCAACUGUCUCCUAUUUUUACAAUACAGAAAAUACUGUAGUUACACAAUGAAAUGGGAAAUUACUUAAUUACCAUAAAAGGUAAAUUUGUAAAUUAAACAUGAUUUCUUGAUAAAAAUCAGCUUGGUUUUUUUCUCUACACUUAAAGGUACUUGAAAUUCUACAGCACAAUUUGAAACUCACACAUGCACUAAAAGAAAUGCCAGACAGCAAGUCCGAUUACUGUUAACUUUAUGCUGUAUAAGAAAUGUUGUGUGUUUAUCAAUAAUUCGCCGCAAUGAUAAACACUUGGCCGAGUUGGUAAGGAGGGAAGCAUAGUUUCUGAAGUUGAUUGACCCAUUUGUUCUGGGCGGGCCUGCAGAAACUUUAGCUGACCUUUUUGCCGAGAGGCAGGAUUAGACUCCCAGUGAGGUUUUGUAUACAUGUACUAUUAAACCACACGCAUGAAACCAGCUUGUUUGGGGCGAGACAGAUGCUGAAAUUUCCCAACACUUUUAAGUGGACAGCCGAGAUCCAGAAAUUCCUCUCAACUUAAUUUUGCAAAACACAUGAAAACAGUCUGGGUACAGCGGUUUGUUUGUAUCCAAAUGAAACCCAGAGCGUAAACGGAAUACAAAUCUUCUGACUCGAGGCAUAGAACAAUAUUACAGCUAUCAUAACAGUUAAAACUUUGACCGCAGACAUAUUAAUACGGGCUGAGGAGAUGUGACAGCCCGUUUGAAGUGGAUUUUGGUGGUGGGAAAAUAAAUCUGACACUCCCCUUCUCCACCAUUCAUUAGCUCGCUCUCAUCGAAAAUCUAUCGCUCUCUCUUUCCUGCUCUCCGACAGACAAAACAAGAGAAAAAGAGACUUUCCACUUCGGUUCCAAAAGCGUAGAGAAAAGAAAACGAAAUAUUAAGUGGCUGUGCGUUCAGCACUGCUCUGACGGCUCUAGGAACGUAGAGGUGUGUGAGUCAGGGUCAGGGGGCAGGUGAGAUGUUUGGUUGUGUUUUUGUUCGCUCCAGCUAUCUGAAACAUACGAAAGUGCUUCUGUUAAUGGAGUUACAAAAGGAGUAAAGUUGAGCUGGGGAAGUGAACUUUUGACUCUGUAGUAGCAGUGAGCAGGAUGUUUGGUGUGGUUCUGCUCAAAAGCAGAUAGGCAGAUGAUGAUAGAGAGGGACAGAGAAAGCAACUGAGG